GUAACAUACCACCAACGACCCAGGGGGCAACAUGGCACACCUUCCGCCGAACGUUUGGACAGUGGCGAGUGACGGCGACGUCGAGAGCGUCAAGGCAUUUCUGGCUAGCGGAGGAGAUGUGAACGCAAUGGACGAAAAUGGAUAUACGCCACUGCAGGCGGCGGUGAGCUACAAUCACAUGGAGCUGGUGGUGUUCCUACUGGCGAGCGGUGCGGACGUCAAGCUGGGCGACAACGACAUGGACACGCCGCUGCAUCGAUGCGAGACGGUCGAGUGCGCGAAGCUACUACUGGAGCACGGCGCGGGUCUGAACGCGCGCAACUCAGAAGGACAAACGCCGUAUGAUGUUGCUAUCGAGGACGAGCACGAAGCGCUCAAGACAAUGUACGAGAACCUCGGCGCCGAAAACUCGGACAGAAUUCCUGAAGAAGAGGAAGAGAGCUUCGCCAACGGCGUCAGCCUUGAAGGAUAGCACUGCAUCUUACUAGUAGUACUACGUAGUAGAAACACAGUGGCACGGAUGAACGUUAGUAUAGAUAUUUUGAACAAGAAAAACCUGUCCGACGUCCUUGAGAGGUUGCGCUAC